AGAGGUGUGCUGUGAGCAGGAAAGCAAAAUUGGGGGGAUAAAGCAAUUCGAGAGUGUGUGAGCAGGCUGGACGUUGAAAGAGUGAGAGAUCUUUUUGACAGCGAGAACUCGACUCCAUCGUAAUCGUUUCGUGAGGAAAAGGACAAUUACGGUGGGAAAAUCUACCAUUUUCCAUUCUCCAUUCGAGCAGGCCACAUAAAUCGGUAGUGCUCGAUGAAACCAUUCUAAACUUCUGUUCACAGUCGAAAUUUCGUCGCUGUCAUUGACGAAUCCGUUUGCUGUCCGUGGGGUCUACAAAUUGAAUCACUGUCCUUCUGAACCACGAGUGUUUUUCGUUGUGUUACCUCGAAGGUGUAGUUACUAAAGCUAUUUAUUCUUUUAUAUUCAUCCUACAGUCGUGAAUUUCGGAGUUUUUUUUCGAUUGGAGAACGAUUUUAAACGUUCCUUCGAAGGUGUUACUCAAAAUAAAGGACGCUAAAAGGUAGCAAGAAUAAAGCGAAAGGUAAAAACUAAUCCUCAUACCACCACUGCAGCUGCUUGCGCAUACAUACGCGUUGUUGGAAAAGGUUUUGCCAGUGUACGAAAUUCAGCUCAGCGUGUUGUGAAGUGCAUGAAAAGGAUACUAAAUCCAUUAGAGACUACUAGGACUAGUUGCUGCCGGGGGAAGUUGCGGAAGACACGUCACAAACAAACCCGGACGCGAUAGAAAAGUCCCCCUCAAUUCUGAGACAAUAUGCUGAUUAAACUGGUGAAAGAAGACUUUCCGUGUCUGAAAAACGGGUUUAUAUAACAUUAUCUUCGUGCUAUCGAGUUUCUUCGGAUCUACUUCAACAAGAUGCACAGCGGUAGCUCCAUAUCACCGAAACACCCCGCCAUUCCGGUUUCGAUCGGCAUCGCCUCGCUGGUGCUGGAGGGACGAUCGUCCGCGCUCGAUGACAGCUCGAUCCACGCCAGCUCCCAUGGCUCUGGAGGUGGUGGCGAUGGUGGUGGAGGAGGCGGAACGGGAGCUGGCGGAGCGGGAGGAUCUUCGAACGGUGGCGCGACCGACGAGGAUGGUGGGUUUUGUGGCAAAAAGCGACCAUCUUCUUCGACCACCUCAUCUUCAUCGGCUGGAGGACCCUCCGGGGGAGGCAGCGCAUCGUCGUCGGGUGCGUCCACACUGCAGGAGUGCAGUCUGCUGGCCAUCACCGAGGCGCACAAGCUGGCCAACGCCACGACCACCAACUGUCACAUGACGGAUGCAUCGCAGCGUAUUAAUCUGAAGCUGCAGCAGAUCCGCUCCUCCUGCCCUGGGACGAGCAAAGACGAGGUGCACCAUCUGGUGACGGUGUCCGGGGAACCGGGCAGUGGCCGGGGCCGCUCAACGAUGGACGAUGGCGAGAGUCCGUACGGCGAUAUGAUGUACGGUGUCGAAACGUUCGUAAAUAUCGCGUCGUCUUGGUCACACGAAGCCGGCCCAUCCGCGUCGUCCUCCGCUGUCAUCUAUAGUGGAUUCGAGAAGAUGAACGUGCUCGGUACCGUGUCACCGAUCAAGAAUCACCCGAUCGGUAACAGCUUCAUCAACUUUUCCUCAUCCUCACCCAACUCAUCAAUGGCGGCAGCGGCGGCCGCAGCAGCUGCCGUGGCAUCCUCGGCUUCCCACUCGCGUAAAUCAACCGGCAGCAGUAGUUCUAUCAAGCAACAACAGCAGCAGCAGCAACGCCCCCGGGAAGGCCCUCACUGUGAGCAGUUUCUGAAGAAGAUUGGCCUGAACAAACCCGAUAGCUCCGAAGGGCCCGAGCAUUGCUGUAGUUAUCGUAAUAAAUACUGUCUUCGUUGGCAGGUUUACUUCAAGCAGCUUUCGACGAUCCUGACGAACGGUGAAGCGGUGUGCAUUGAGGUGUACCUUGGUCCGGAAAACCACACAAUCCUUUUGGAACAAUGGAUUUUGAAGCUAGUGAUGACGAAAUCGCCCACCACUAUGACCCUGCAGUCGCUGUGCGCCGCCAUUCGUAGCCAGCUGUACUUCUCCCAGAUCUCCGCCUGGACGGAUCUGAUCAAGAACUCGCUGGAACCGGAAAUUUUUAACCAUCCGCGCAUCAAAAAUGUUUCCCCGAUGAUGAAGGGUCCUUCUUCCGCGGCCAACGCCACCACCACCGGCAAAGCUUCCUUUCUAUCUCAGCAGGCCAAACUGGACAUACUGUUCCGCAUUCGCACGUACGAUAGCACUGCAUGCUUUAACGAGAAACCGCUCGUACACAACUUCCCGGACGCGAGCGUGGCCGACGGGUUUGUUAUACAGGUAUGCCUGAAAAGUUUGCCCCGCCUGGACCGCAUCCCGGGCAUCCACGCGGCGCUCGAUGCGACUAAAAUGAUCGGCGCCACCGGCACGGCCGGGAUACUGUCGGGCGAUCGACUGGAUCGGCUUCCGUGCCACGAGAAGGGCAAGCAUCGGUGCGCCUUUCGGGAGUUCGAGCUGGACGAUGACGAGGAGGGCGAGGCCGAUGAUCCGCGCAUGGGAGAAGGGGACGAAGGGAUACCGGGUAUGUUGCUCACAUCGGCGGCCGCCAUCAGCCAUCGUGAGAAGCAGCUGCUAAAGUACAAGAAGCGCAUGCAGAAGCGAGAGAAGAAAAAGAAAUCGUCCGGGUCGUCGUCGUCGGUGGCGGAAUGUAUCGCAAGAUUUGCUGUUGCUUCAAGUUGUGUUGGUGGUGGUGGUGGUGCUGGUGGUGCAUGUAGUAGUAGUAGUAGUGGUAGUGGUGGAAGCCUCAGCACCAGUAGCCGUAGCAAUACCAACGGCGCCAGGCACGGAUCCGCAGCGGACAGUUCGGCUUACGCAUCACCGAUGAGCUACAGUAGUUGUAGCAAUGGGAGUGGAAGCGGAACAGGUGGCAGCAUCAGCAAAUCCCCCGCCAAAGGUCCGUAUGGGAUCGGUGGUGCGAUUGGGAAUGGUGGCACCACGACGGUGGUGUAUCCGAAUGGGACCACCAAUGGAAGCUGUACCAAUGGAAACUGCCACAAUGCUUUAACGUCCUCAAUCAAUUCGAUCCAGCCCCCACUGUACUCCUCGAACCAACAGCAAAACGGCGGUACUGCGAUGAUGGUCUGCUGUGAUGAUCGGUACCAAACGAUCGCCGCCAAUUCUAAGUCCACACAGACGUCGGCUGCAUUCCCAGUGGUCACUGAUGGUGCUGUGUCAUUUGUUUCAUCCGUCGCCACACAAACCGACGGUGGUGGGGCUACGACUUCGGCGAACAAUUAUUGUGCCGACUGCUGUCGAUCUCGGGUGGAGGAGGAAAAAUCCGUGUCUAGUUAUUCCGCUGGCAGCAUAAACGGUCCCGUGAAGGUGGUUCUAGGAACGGGCCCCGUCGGUAGCAGCAGUAGUAGCACAAACAGUGAUAGACAUAUGCAAUAUUUUAACGAUUACUAUACAUCUUACGAUAUUAUCAAUGAUAACUGUGAUAAACGUCAUCCAAGGCCGCAAACAGCAAGUGCCCACCACUUGCGGGUGGUGGAUGCACCGAUGGAAACUUCCAUCACCACCACCGGGAGGGAAGGCGUAGCGUUCCCUGAGAAGAUGGUGGCCGAAAACGGUACUCGUCCACGACCGUGCUUCAUAGUCGGUGGCGAUGGCUACGAGGGAGACGAAGAUGAGGGCGAAGGCGCUGGUAAGGCCAGUGGUGUAAUCAUGCCAAACAGUGGAGGAGACGAACGUCCACUGCAAAAGGGUGACCUUUUACUUCAAGCCAUCCAAAGAACUGCCACCCUGAACAGUGUUGGUGGAAGGAACAAGAACGGAGGUUCGUUUGCGACGGAAGUCAAUCACUCCCAGGUGAUGGAUGAUGGUGGUGUGCUAUCGGAGCAGAAAAAAAGUGGUGGUCAUGCAUUAAAUAACAACAACUACGUUACGGCAAACAACAAUAACAUCGGAGAGGGUAGCCCGAAAAUUUGCUCCAAAGGUGAUCGAGAGGUGGGCAUACCCUGUGACGAAGGCGGGAAACAAAAGGAACCCAACGGCGGUAAUGCCACCGAGCACUGGCAACACCACCAACACCAGCACGAAGCUGGCGAUGGAAACGGUGGGUCGGCGGUAAAGUGUGAAAGAAGCGAAUGUGAUACCUUCAGCAAGGAAAAGUUAGACUUAGGUGACUGUCGUCUGUGUAAGCGACAAAAAACGAAACAUAAUUUUAAACUGAAUCUUACCAACCUACUAUCGUCGGCGGUUAUGAAGGUGACAUCUGGUCGCGACCGCGGGCUGGUAUCGGUGGCCCCUCCGAAAAAACCGAUCAUCACGACGGUCGUUGACUGUGGCUCGACACCGCCCGGUUGCCGGCGAACGCUGUCGGAAAGCCUGGUCGGUCAUCUUACCCUUCCCGUUGGAUGUUCGAAGGGUGGCGCUGGAGCACACGGAUCCAUGGCGGGAGAGGAGGGAGCCUGUUGCGGUGGUAACGGCCGAGAGGAAGCCAACAACGAUCUUUACCCGAUCGGUAGUGCGGACAUCAGUCCGGGCGAUAGUCCGAUGUUGAGCAGCUCGACUGGAGCCGUCGGAAACGGUGGCGUUUUUACCUUCGAUCAGAUGAAAUCGUAUCGGCGUGCGUUUUCCGAAGAUGUUAUCGAUACAAUCACCACCAGUACGAGCAAUGGUCGCAGCCACAUCGUCCAAACCUCGGAGGAUAGCACCGAGGAAGAUGAUGAUACGAGUGGAGACAAUGAGAACGAGCACGAACUAGAUCUAUGCGAGCGUGUUCCGAAACGAUGCGGUUGUAAUGGGCGUCUCUCCAACGGAAGUAGUCCGCUCGCGAUGGAACCGAGCGCCCACACUAUGGCACACCAUCGGGCGCAAACCUCCACACCUGCGGCACCAAGAAGUGGUGCAGGAAAAUGCAAAGAACCACUUUACAUCAGCUGCUCGGAGACGGAUUGUUCCGUCAGCACGGCAAGCAGUGUAUCGCCGCACAAAAAGCAAAUCCUUAGCUGUGCCGCGAUCAGUGGAGGAGGUUCCGGAAGCCGACCUUUGGAGGCCAAUAGGACGGGAGGAGGUGGAAGUACGCCCAACGUACAGCAGCUGAUGCAGUAUAAAUCUUCGCCAAAAAUCAAUCUAAAUUACGUCUUCUGCUUGUCACCGCUGGCACGCGACGAUUCCGGUUUUACCAGUGGUAGUAGCCCGGCUACCUCGACCAGCUACCCUGCCACAUCUCCAAUUGCCAUUGAUGGCAGUGGAGCGGCGUCGGGGGUAACUCCCGUAGGCAAUGGUGGAGCGGCAGGUUGUUUCGGGUCCUCAGGUUCGAAAGGUCCUCGAAGUCAGAACGGUGGGAGCACCAGUCUUUUCCGCUACGACUUCGAAGAAAGCCCAAUCAGUCCCAUUUCGGGCACGAUAAAAUCCAAGUCCGCCCCGGCGUUUCCGUUUUCCCCACCCACCACCGGUGCCCUGUCUCCACGGUUUCUGCGCAACGCCCAACAGCAGCGUCUCCAUCGCACGCGCUAUCCGUCGGAGCGUUCAUCAGUCUCGGAGCGGUCAUCGAUCGGCUCGGAUGAACAGCUGUCGGACGACGAUCUGCCAUACCUGCUCGACUCGUCAAAUGGCUACAGUCCUCUUUCGAGACACCAGCUGGCACUGAUGAGUGGUGGAUCGCCGUUGAAAUUGGGACAAGCUGCGAUAACCCGCCCGUCACAAAUGCUCAGCAAGGUUCUGAAUCGAAAUCUGUUCAAGUUUGGCCGAGCGCCGAUGCUCGGUACGCUCGAGGAGUCGUUGCUGCAGCGUCGCCUGAGCCCAAAGUUUCAAGUCGCCGAUUUUAAGGUGCUACUGGGGGCCUCUGGAAGCUUCUGCCCCACGCAGCUAACCAUCCCGGUCGCUUCCUACUUCUAUGAGCUCCCCGGACAACAUCUCACCACACCUUAUGUGUGUGAAUUACGUCUUCCAAGAAAGGGAUACUCGAUACCGCGCACUGGCACCGUCCAGGCAACGUUGCUCAACCCACUCGGAACAGUGGUGCGGAUGUUUGUCGUGCCGUACGACUUUCGCGAUAUGCCGGCAAUGUCGACUACCUUCAUCCGACAGCGUAUACUAGCUUGCGACGAGAGCAGCCUGAAGUUGCUUGGCAAAAACAUCGAACAGCUUAGCAACGCCGAACAGAUGAAGCUGCUGCGCUAUGCAAUCCAUUUGCGGUUUCAAACGUCGCGAUCGGGAAAGUUGUCACUGCACACCGACAUCCGUCUGCUGAUAUCCCGCCGCACGGACUGUGAUACGGCUGCUGCCCAUGCGAAAAAUCUGCUCGAGUCCCCGAACGAACUGAAAGUGGUUACCAUUGUACCGGAGAAUCCCAAGUUUAGUUUACGUAUCGAUAAGCAGUAAGCCAGUAGAGCCAAAUUUACUUGUUUGACCAACGCUCCGCUCCUUGCAACCGCCAGCAUAGUGCGUGAUUUUGGUCGCUCUAAAUCGCCCUUGAAUGGCAGCAGGAGUUCAUAUUAGCAGCUACUUUUUUGUAAGCUGUCGUAAAUGCGCCGGAAUACUUCUCAUUGGUUGCUUUACGUCAAAGUAAAGGAAGUUUUUAAUUGUACCGAUUUUAUCGAUUUUCGAAUUGCGAAAUCGAUUUUUAUUACUUGAAUUUUUUGUGCAAUCAGUUGUGCUGUAAAGUAAGGAGUAUAUACAUUUUUGGUAAUUAUUUUUUUGAAUAUCCACCAGCAACAACAUGUGAUCGAAGCUAGCUGCCCUUUUGUUGUGUUUCAUAUGGCAUCUUGCAUUUGUCCUGUAUUGGCAAACGAGCAUGUCAUUGAGGAAAGAUUUUUUGGUAAGCGGAAAUGUUAUCACGAAGUUUCAAUGCCAAUCAAGAUUGGUAGACGUUUGCCUCGUUUUUUUUACUCCCAGACGGUAAUUGUAAAACUCUGUUGGGUCAUCGUUCUGUUUUGUUAAGGGUGGUUAUUUCUACCAAAUAUUCGGAUCCUUUUAAGUAUAUCAAGACGAGUUGGACGAAUCCCUUCCCCAAAGGGAAUGGUAUGUGGGCAAGAAAUGGUCCGGUCUAUACCUACGUUCAACAAACCAACUUUUAAAGCGAGGGAAAAGUAAUCUGCUAACUACAAGCGAUUGUGAUUAUACGUCAGUUUAGUUUUAUGCUUCAACUGUGAUUGAUGAUUACGUCGACGAUGAAGGGGUGGAAGGAAAGUGUUAAAAUUGUUGCUAGCAUUGAACGUAACGUAACAAAAAAAACAUAACACAGGCACCUUUUGAGCUUAGAUGCAGAUUGAGUGUGAAAUUGUUUUUGAAGAGGAAAAAGCAUACGUUGCAAAACAUACACAGUUAUGUUAUCAUUCCCGACAGUUGAUAAAACAAAAACACAUAUUCUGAGGCAAA